ACGUAUGCUAAGAUUCCACAUGUCUAAGAUUGAAACAUUAGCAAAAUAGAAACCAAUUUUUGUUUUAACCAACUUUUUAACUAGUAGUAUCAACAUACAAAGAAUUUAUACCAUUGAGUUCUCUAAACAAGCAGCAACUGGACAUACUUUUAAAUUUAAAAUUUCUUAGUCUAUAAACUAUUGUGAGGAGUCUAUGGACCAUACACUGAGACCUGCACCAGUACAUCCAUAGUAUGUGCUUAAUCUAGCUUAAGAGGAGAGCCUGAUGAACUCUGAAUACUGCAAGUGACAAGUUGAGCAAUUAAUCAGAAAUGGUCUGUCUUCUUCAGCAGCUCUGGGUGAUGACAUUGUAGAACUACAUGAGUAUAUGGGCCAGAGAAAGGACUCGUCAUUUUGUCUUCACAUGUACAUAAAAUGCCAGUAUGUAAUAAGCUACUAGAAACCAUUGUCACAUGGAAGAGCUAAAAUUGAGCAGAGAAGGAAAUUUGGGAAGCCUUUGGUAGCUUAGGUCUUUGGAAUAUUUUUAAAAAUACUUUUAGAAUGCUGUGUAGAUUAGAACACUUCCAGUAAAUAUGAAUAAUGGAUUUUACCAAAAUAUUAAUUUGAUUAAAUUCUAAUGAUUAAAAUCAAAAUGAUCUGAGAUACUCAGUGUUUUGUGCUUGCUACAAUGUUUUCAUAGUGUGGAUAAUGAUAAUGACAUAAUGAUAACAUUUUUAAAAUGACCAUCAUAACUUCCCGUUAUUCUCUGGCAGAUUUGGGAACAGAAACAUUGGGGUGGACUGGAAGAAAAAUAGUCUUCAGAGACUGCUCUUACUGUGUGUGAGUGACUGAGGUUAUAGUCUCCAAGUUACAGGGAGAGGAACCUCAGCCAAACAAAUAAGCAAAUCUAAGGCUAUGGCAUCCAAGGGAUAUGACAGCCUGCAUAUCAUGGCAAUCUGAAAAAGUUAGAUACCCAGCCCUUCCCUUUUGUUCUGGCUUCCCCAGAUCUCUGUCUUUCCUUGUUUUCCAUGGGUUCCUCCGGCCACACCUGAGACUUGAAGGACAAGAAGGAUGAACAUGCCCCUGCUGCCCUUGCCAGCCCUGAGUUUUCUUCUCCACUCAGCUGUUCCUGGCUUUCCAGCUUGUUAUAAAAUAUGUAGGAGGCUGUGGUUGAAGCUUCGUGUGCGCUCCUGAUUGUCAUUAUAGGCCCUUACAGACACUGUAUGUCCUUGCUUCUUGCUUCCAUGGGACACAUGAGUCUAUUGGAACUUGGGACAAGAAGAAAACAAGGUAUCUCCACAACGAAACCCAGACACUAAAAAGACGUCCCAAACUCUGGAGAGCCGGACGCAGACAUGGCGGACAGUGGCUGCAGGGCCCCUGUGGAAGACUCUCAAAAGGAUUUGGAAAAUGAUCCCUCAGUCAGCUCUCAAGCCCAGGGCACUACAGUCACACCGAAUGACACUGAAGAAGCCCAGACCCCACAUCCUGCAUCUGAUCUCAAGACCCACCAGCAUGAGGUAGGGGCCAAAGGUCAAGAGCAUGCAGACACAGGUGACAGAUCAGGAAGUUCAGAGGAUGCGGCUGUAGGAAGACACCUGAUGGAUGAAGCAGAGCACAAGAGCACCCCACAUUCUCAGGACACAGAGCAGGGGCGUCACCCUCCCUCGGAGCAUCUGGGUGCAGAGGCCCUGGAUCUGGAUCCUGCCUGCUCCCAAAGCAGCAAGGGAGGAAGAGCAGGUGCACACCUGGGGAGCAAGUCUGCAGCCCCCCCAGAGGGAGCAGGGGACAGAUGUGAGGCUGCUCAGGAGGCACUUGCUACAGACGCCGCCACCACCACCACCACUAAUGCCCAGAGUCCUGGUCACUGCAGUGCAGGCCCAGGGAGCCGGGAUGUACUGAGGAGGCGCCUGCCUGUGCCAGACUCUCAAAAGGAUUUGGAAAAUGAUCCCUCAGUCAGCUCUCAAGCCCAGGGCACUACAGUCACACCGAAUGACACUGAAGAAGCCCAGACCCCACAUCCUGCAUCUGAUCUCAAGACCCACCAGCAUGAGGUAGGGGCCAAAGGUCAAGAGCAUGCAGACACAGGUGACAGAUCAGGAAGUUCAGAGGACGCGGCUGUAGGAAGACACCUGAUGGAUGAAGAAGAGCACAAGAGCACCCCGCAUUCUCAGGACACAGAGCAGGGGCGUCAUCCCCCCUCGGAGCAUCUGGGUGCUGAGGCCCUGGAUCUGGAUCCUGCCUGCUCCCAAAGCAGCAAGGGAGGAAGAGCAGGUGCACACCUGGGGAGCAGGUCUGCAGCCCCCCCAGAGGGAGCAGGGGACAGAUGUGACGCUGCUCAGGAGGCACUUGCUACAGACGCCGCCACCACCACCACCACCACCACCACCACCACCACCACUGAUGCCCAGAGUCCUGGUCACUGCAGUGCAGGCCCAGGGAGCCGGGAUGUACUGAGGAGGCGCCUGCCUGUGCCAGAGGCUGGAAAUCCUGAAGAAGAGACGCAGUUGGUGAAGGAAAAGGAAGAGAUUGCACAGGAUACCCUGAGAAAGAUUGACAAAAAGAAUCUCUGGAGCUAUGGGCCUGUGUUUCUCAUCUGCCUCGUUGUGGCUCUUGUGCUGAGUUCCGUCAACAGCUACUAUUCCUCCCCAGCCCAGCAAGUGCCCCAGAACCCGGCUCUGGAGGCUUUCCUGGCUCAGUUUGGCCAACUGAAGGAUAAGUUUCCAGGCCAGAGUUCCUUUCUGUGGCAGCGAGGACGUAAGUUUCUCCAGAAGCACCUCAAUGUCUCCAGCCCCUCUGAGCCUGCCACCCUCAUCUUCACAGCCGCCCGAGAGGGAAAGGAGACCCUCAGGUGCCUGAGCCACCACGUCGCCAAUGCCUACACCUCUUCCCAGAGAGUGUCUGCCGUCUCCAUAGACGGAGCCCGGAGAGCCCUGGAGGACAGUGAUACAGUCAAGCUGUGGGUUGACUUGGAGCUCAGCAGCGGGUUUGAGAAUGGCCACAAGGCUGCCGUAGUCCACCACUUCGAAUCCCUUCCUGCAGGCUCCACCCUGAUUUUCUACAAGUACUGCGAUCACGAGAACGCUGCCUUUAAAGAUGUGGCCCUGGUCCUGACCGUCCUGCUGGAGGAGGAAACACUAGAAGCAAGUGUAGGCCCCAGGGAGACCGAAGAAAAAGUGAGGGAUUUACUCUGGGCUAAAUUCACCAACUCUGAGGCUUCCAGCUCCUUCAGCCACAUGGACUCAGACAAACUGAGUGGGCUGUGGAGCCGCAUCUCCCACCUGGUGCUGCCCGUGCAGCCUGUGAAGAGCAUCGAAGAGCAGGGCUGCCUCCUGUGAAGCCAGGCACAGGCAGAGGCUGUGGUGUUGAAGGGACAGGUCUGAGGGCCCCCUUCCCCUGGGAGGAGGUGCUUAGUUAGCACAUGGGAGGAGACAGCUGAGAGGCACAUGACCUUAUUUUAGAAAAGAAGCUUUCUUCUUCUUCUUUUUUUUUCCCUUUUUCCUUUUGUAAAAACUUUCGAAUCUAAACUUUGAUAAAGCUAACACUUGGCCUGAUGGUUUUCUUUGCCUUUUUAAGCAAAUCAGGCUUAGAGUACAGCAUGAUACAUAACACUGAGGGAUUGUUUAAAUGUCCAGUCCAUGCGCAGAAUCAUUGCACAGGAAAAUCUGAUUUUCAGAGGCUCUUCAGCAGGGCUGCUGCCUUGGGAGGACUCCACAGAGCCUCUUGGACAGUGUUCGGACUCAGACUAGUAAUUCCAGUGAUUUCAGGGAACGCUUCUACCACAUAGGAAGUAUUUUUUAAGACUCACUUCAAUAAGGCAGUUGUUGGGUUGUGUCUUACAGAUUUGCACUUUGAGUAGAUGAAAACAGGAAACUAGAGUUCCACCCUCCAAAUCCUGCCUAAGAACUUGGUUCGUGUAUGCUUUUAUUCCAUUAAUGAGCUGAGGUAAAAACAGCUUUGGGCAAAUGUUCCCGAGUAUUAGAAUCAAUGUAGAAAUUGUUAGUAAUCACUGGGAAUGAGGAAAUCCCAACUGGCUGUAUCGUUUCUCUGUGCCUACCAGCAGCCCCCUCCUUCAUAUGAGAACAUCUCUACUUAACAUUUUCUGUUAAGAUUUCAGUGGAGCAACGCUUCACUGAGAAGGAAGUUUGAACACCAUUGAUGCAGCGAAAGCACAUUCUAGAAGCUGUGACCUCGGAUGGGAAGAGAUGGAAGCGUUAAAGCCUAGGAGUAGGAAGAUGGAGUAAGGUUUGCUGUACAGGGUGAUAGAGACCUGCAGAUGAGCUACGGUAGGGUGCAGAGGCAUGGCCUCUGGCUUUGCUCAUUUCUCCUGAUCACUUCUGCCUCUGCUGCUGGAAUUUCACAGCUGUCUGUGUGAGAGUUUGAGUGCCGUUUCCGAAGAGACGUCAGUCUCAGCAGCUGGCAUGACUUUACCACAUGGGAUUUGCUAUGCCAUGAUGGGACAUUUCAUUCGUCUCUUGACAGCUAGGUAGGAAUGCCAUUAGGGGAGGAAUUGGAGAAAUGAAAGAGGAUGUCCUACAUAGGGAAGAGAAAGAGAAACCAUGGCCAAUAUCAGUUGUUAAGCCAUGCCCCAUGAUGGUUAGACUGGGCCCAAUAGCUGUUGAUAGGCAUAUGAACUCUAAAACUCUAGUAAAAUGAUCUGGUUUGUUCCAUUACAUGGACAGGAAUAGCCCUGGAAUUUUGCACUCGGUUUUGGCUCGUCUGCUGCUAUGAGAUCAUGUAUAUAAUUAACAAGUUAAGUUAUUUAAGUCGGAGGGAUUUUAGGAAACACUAAGAAGAUCUCUAUUGAUAGUUAGAAGGGUCAUAAAGACAUGGGGUGGGGAGUGGUCUGAAAACAUUUGCCACAGAAAGAGCACAGAUUGGCUUUGGCCAGAGCCUUUGGUGUGCUCAGUUAAGUGUGGAGACACACAUGAAGACACAGUAUAUAUUUGGUGUGCUCAGUUAAGUGUGGAGACACACAUGAAGACACAGUAUAUAUUUGGGAUUUUGAAGGAAUCUUCAAUAGAUUUGAGACAAGACCCUAAACACAAAGUUUAAGCAUAGUGAAUGGAAUUUGAAUUUCAACCCAAUGGAAAACAGAGGGACUGGAGAAAAAUCUGUAUGCCAUAUUUGAUUUUUUUUUCUGUAUUUCUAGACUUCUGUUUGUUUGUUUUGAAUGCUAGUGGCUUGUCAUACAGCCCUGGCUGGCCUGGUCCUCACUCUGUAGCCAAGGCUGGCUUUGAACGUACAGUAAUUUUUCCUGCCUCAUUUUCCUGAGUGCUGGGGUUACAGGUGUAUACCAUCACACUCAGCUUUAAUUUCAGCUCUUAGCUGUUAGCGUGUUAACAUUAACAGGUUAACAUAUCACACAGAACCAAAGGUGCCUUGCAGAACUGUUAUGCUGGCCUUCAACCUGUGCUACCUCGGACUGCAGAGGAAUGGGUCUAAAGUAUUUGUACACAGUCCAUGUCGGGUGGUUCUGAUCACGGGGGAGAAACUUUCUUCAUUCAGUUGAUAUCUACAUAAUUUGCUGUCAACAUAAACUUAGGAUAUAAUACAUUUCUAAAAUUUAGUUCAUUUUCAAUUUUUUUUUUUUUUACUGGUGACUUUGUUAAAAUACACUUUUCCUUCUAUAAUAAGUGCAAUCAACUGAGACUAGUCAGUUUUCUAUCCACUAUUUCAAAACCCUUUUUUUGUUUAAUUUUUUGUUUUUUCAGUAGUGGGGAUUGAACCCAGGACCUUGACAUUUGAGGAAAGUGUCCUACCACUAAGCUACAUCCCCAGACCUUACACAUCAUUUUGAAAAGAAGCAUACGUGAGUUUGGGGUCAGAACGAGUGAGUCUCUGUUUUUGAUGCAGUCACUCUCUACGUAGCCCAAACUAGUGAUUCUCAGGCCCUAGACUUCUGUGUGGUGGGAUUAUAGGAGUGUACCACCACACCAACUUAAUGUAAUUACUUUUUAAACAAAAAUAUAUUUUAAAAUGUACACAUAAUUAAAAUCUGUUAUCUGAUGUAUUGUCUUCUAGUCCAUUGUUUUUCACUUUUUUCAGUUUUUCAUCCUCGCAUGCAUGCGUGCGUGCGUGCGUGUAUGUGUGUGUGUGUGUGUGUGUGUGUGUGUGUGUGUGUGUAUGUAGUCAUUAUUUGUGAUUAAUUUGCUUGACUUAGAAAAAUUAUUUGCAGCGACAUGACAGCACACACCAUGUUUGAACAUCACAGUUUAAUUAGUACCAUAGAACAAAAAUACAUAUAUUGUUGGUUUGUUUUUUUAAUGGGAAUCUCUUCUUGAGUAAUACCAAGUCCCAGAAGCAAGCAGGGGAAUUGGAAAUUGUUUUUGGACUUGGGUUUUUCCCUUUCGUGUAAAAUUCAGAUUUUUAAGUUAGCUUUCAGAGAUUAGCAAAGAAGUUCUAGAGAGUUCUUAGCAUGGAAAUAAUUUUAAUAAAUUUCACCUGGAAGCCCUCAGGCUUGGGGGAGUGAGGCUCGGCCUGUGGCCCACCCUGACUAUUGGCUGGCAAUAGAGCAUUGUCUCACGGCCUUUGGUUUAUACUUCUUGUAGAACACAGGAGCGUUGUGAGCACUGAUGUUCGAAUGUGACGGACAGAUGCGGCCUGUGAAGGUGGAGAUAAUGCAGCAAGAUGAUUUUCACCAACACACUUACUUUCUCUAGCUCACCAAGAUGUCUUAACCACCGACGUUGCCUGUAUGCAUUUACAAACUAAAUGGCUUUGACAGUAUUGAUGUCAGACUCGCCCAUGUCACCAUGGGUGCUUUUUGCAUUUGUUUCCAUAUUGAUGAUGUCGACUGUGCCUUAUUCAAAUCAAUUGCUGGUUAAUAUACAAAUAAAUCUCCUUAAUUUUU